AUGGCGUUCGCUACCUUCGCCGUGCUCGCUCUGCCGGCAUUGACCGCAGCAUUGACCCAACAGCAACCUCUCUACUCCGAAUAUCAAUUCGAUCCUCGCGACCAUCUGGCCGGCAUUGCACCCUACUUCGAGCCCUCCGACCCAGCGCGCGAUCCACUUCCACCUCAAGGAUGCGAAGUCACAAAAGCAGCGUAUCUCAUCCGCCACGCCGCCAUUAAUGCCAAUGACUUCGACUACGAAUCAUAUCUGGAGCCAUUCACGGAUAAGCUGAAGAACACGAGUGUAGACUGGAGUAAGAUUCCCGAUUUGUCGUUCCUCUCGACAUGGACACCGCCGGAGCUCAAGGAGCAGGAGAGAGUCACGCGCACAGGAAAGCUUGAGGCGACGCAGCUUGGUGUGCAGCUGUCGUAUCGCUACCCGGACCUCCGCAUGCCGAAGCGUGUAUGGGCGAGCACCGCCGAGCGUACUGUUGUGAGCGCUGAAGCUCUCAUCCGUGGUUUCGAGGAAGACGAAAACGAGAUCAACUUGGUGCAGAUCUACGAGGGCAAAGAGUCGGGUGCCGAUAGUCUCACACCAUACAAGUCUUGCCCGGCGUAUUCUUCCUCGCGAGGAUCAGAGCAGAGCGGGGAGUAUGUCAAGACCUACACAAAGCCUAUUCUUGCUCGUCUCCGUGCCAUGGCUCCUCAAUUCAACUGGACGUCCAAUGAUGUGAUCGGUAUGCAGGAGUGGUGUGGCUACGAUACCGUCGUGCGAGGCAGCUCCCCCUUCUGCUCGCUCGAACUCUUCAGUCCAGACGAGUGGCUGCAAUUCGAGUAUAGCCAGGACUUGAUGUACCACCACAACACCGGCUACGGCAACGAGAUCUCCCCGGUCAUUGGCUUCCCAUGGCUCAACGCGACUGCGAGCCUGCUCUCGUCCAACACCACCGACGACCAAGACCUCUACGUCUCUUUCACUCAUCGCGAACUCCCACCCACCGUGCUCGUCGCCAUGGGUCUCUUCAACAACUCCGAAUUGACCGGCGCAAACGACGUCAACGCCACCAUGCCCACAACACGAGUCAACUACCACCGCUCGUGGAUCAGCUCGUUCAUCCUGCCGUUCUUGACCAACAUUGCCGUGGAGCAGAUGAACUGCUCCGCAUCAUAUGGAUAUGAGAACGCCACGGACUCGACUUACUACCGUGUGUUGGUCAACCGCAGUCCGCAGACCCUACCGGCUUGUUUCGAUGGCCCGGCGGAAAGCUGUUCUGCUGCUGGGUUUGCGGACUUUGUCAAGGAGAGGGGAGAGAUGUUUGGAGAUUUCAGCAAGGCUUGUGGAGUGAAGAACGAUAACUCUACGGAUGUUAUUAGCUUUUACCAGAGCGAUGCGCAGGGCGAGACGGUGGGGAAGAAGUGAGGUUGAUAGUAAUGUCUAUAAUGUCUAUUGUUCAAUUGACGAU